AAAUUAUCGACGGAACUUUGCAUAUGAGCAUGUUAUCUGUAAUUAUACAAUAGAUAGAAAUUUUGCGAUUCCUACAGAAAAAUUAAAUUUAAAUGUCAGUGCAAGUAUGGGACAAGUACAGUAUAUUUCACAUGCAUUAGAGUAGCCAUUUUGUCAUAAAUUCAAUAUGAGUUCGAGCAAAAAAGAUGUUCUCAAAACUAGAGAAAAUAUGAGUUUGGUGAAAACAUUCGGAAGUAUCAAAGAUAAUUUUAAACUUAAACCCCAACAAUACAUUAUCGACAAUUGGGUGUUCAAACUGCACUAUAAAGCUACGGUGCUAUUUUUUCUAGUCGCAUCUAUUUUAGUAACAUCCAGACAGUAUAUUGGUGAACAUAUACGAUGUAUAUCGGACAAAGGAGUACCAGAACAUGUAAUGAAUACGUAUUGUUUCUUUACUACCACAUUUACAGUAGUUAAAGCACUGGAUGAUAAAUUAUUAGACACUGGUAAUUUAGCUCACCCCGGGGUGGGGCCCUAUGGGAUAGAUUCACCUGAACCCAUAAUACGACAUGCGUAUUACCAAUGGGUUCCAUUUGUACUAUUUUUCCAAGCAAUCAUGUUUUACAUCACACAUUUAAUGUGGAAAAAAUUAGAAGGUGGUAGAUUAAGAUUUUUAGUAGACUCAUUAAAGUGGACUGCGUUUUCGCUGGAAGAUAAAGAAAUGAAAGUAGGAGACAACAAAAUACCUUCGAAAAGCGACAAAGAAGCAAAAAUCAUGCAGAUCCGAAAACUAUUCCUCGACGGAAUGUACAUUAACAAAUACUGGUCAGUGAAGCUGAUGAUUUGCGAAAUUCUAAAUCUGCUGCACAUCGUACUGCAAUUUUAUAUAACAGACAAAUUUUUGGACUACCGUUUUAACGACUUGGGCUCGACGGUUUGGAACGAAGGCCUGGAUUCCAGCGUCGAUGUAUUGGACGAAGUUUUUCCUAAGAUAACCAAAUGUACGUUCCACAAAUACGGUCCAUCGGGAAGCAUCCAAUUCCACGAUGCAAUGUGCAUUAUGGCUUUGAAUAUCAUCAACGAUAAAAUCUACACGGGCCUGUGGUUUUGGUUCAUCUUUAUUUUUAUUUGCACUGCUUUGGGGCUGUUGUGGAGAUUGUUGACUAUUGUAAUGCACGCCAGAUCGAGAGGGUUUAACCGAAUGGUGUUCGCAAGUUCAUGUCCAGGAAGGUUGAAUCCUUGGAAUGUUUUGAACGUGUCGAAACAUUACAGCUACACAGAUUGGCUGUUUUUGGUCUACUUAUCCAAAAAUAUUGAUCCUGUGGUAUUUAAAGAAAUUUUCGUGGGUAUAGCUGAAGACAUGGAGGAAAAGAGGUCUUUAAAACAACCUUUAAUAAACGAUUCGAUGGACUUGUAUUGAACUUAACUUAAUUGCGCAAUGAUUGUGCCUGUUUAAUUUCAUUUUACUGUCUAAUCUAAAUCGUAGAUACACCAUGUAAUGAGAUAUUUGUAAUAAUAUACCAAAAAAUUGAACUGACUUGUACUGGUAGAUAUUAAGAAUUUCCUGCCGAGAAGUGAUAUAUAAAUGUGACUGUAGGUAAAAUUUAAUUUAAUGCUUCUAUAAAACUGAGAAUAAGAACAUUACAACAUAUCAAUACAGACGUGUAUAAAAUAUGUGUCAUUGUAUGAAAAUUAUGUUUUAGAAAAUUAUGUUUAUUUUUUAUAAUAAUUAUGGUGUUUUGAACAUUUCUAAAAUCUUCUAAAGUGAAUAUGGCUGUAGUUAUAUUAAGUCAAUAAAUGU